AUGGCGGAUCUUGAGUCUUUGCUGGAGUACAUUGAAAUUCUUAGGAAGAUAUUCGCAAACGAAGAUGAAGGAUUUCAGUUUUAUAACACAUACGCACUUGGUAAAAGAUUUAGUGUGAGGAAAAGCUAUGUUGAGUGGAAUACAUUUGGUGAUGUCGAUGUAUUUGAUAGCACCUACAAAACAAAUCGGUACAACCUGCCCCUUGUGCCUUUCGUUGGGGUGAAUCACGAUUACUGCACAGUUCUUUUCAGAUGUGGAAUGAUUUCUCAUGAGAAUACUGAUUCAUAUGUGUGGCUGCUGAAAACAUUUACCGAAGCUAAUGCUCAGAAGCAUCCUGUUUCUGUGAUCACUGAUGGAGACCUUGCUAUGCAGAGAGCAAUCAAAGAGAUUGAGAGGAAAUGGCAGGUGUUCCUGGCUGACAAUAAGGUCAAAGAGGACACGUGGCUUUAUCAGAUGUAUGAGCACUAUGAGACCUGCCUUACAAAGGUGUGCAUAAAUGAGACGGAUGACGACGCUAAAGCACUGCAAUCUGCGCCAUUCAUAGAACCUGAUGCUUCAGUUCUUGAGAUAAACGCAAAGGAAAGGUUCACACCAAAUAUUUUUAAGGCGAAGGUCCAGUUCAGCGUGGAAGCAGCCAAGAAGUGUUCUCUGAUUGAGAUUCUAGACGGUGAUGAUACAACUGAGUAUAUUGUUGGAAGGAGAGAUAGAGACAUCAUGUACUAUGUGAAAUGUGAAUUAAUUGAAGAGGCCAAUAUGAAGAGAAUUUUCUGUUCUUGUCGUAAGUUGCAAUCCCUUGGAACCCCCUGCUCACACAUCUUCUUUGUAUUGGGCCUCCGGGACGAGAGCAAGCUUCCAGACUGCUGUGUUUUGGAAAGGUGGACUAUGGGGGCGAAGCGUGCAUUUCCGACGACAAGGAAGAGCUCCAUGUAUGACUAUUCCCCUACCCUACUAAGGUUCUGUGAGCUACGCAAUCUCAGUCUUGCUGCAGCCUUCGUAGCAUCUCAUUCACCGGAAGCAUAUGAGCAAAUCAAACGUGUCCUUAAACAAGAAGCUGCUGUGAUCAUGCCAAAUGCAGGAGCGAACGAAGGCAAGAUGUAUGGACCGGUGCUGCCACAAGCGCCGGAGGUUGAUUGUGAAGAGUUCAGAGAUGUCCUAGAUCCCAUGACUGAAACAAAGCUCCCUGAAGAUGUGCUAGAUUAA